CCCCUUGCAGAUUGUGCAUAGAUUGUCCAUCCCUUGGAUAGGAGCCGAGUCUCUCUCGCGUGCAAAACCUUUAACAUGAAUCUGUUGUCGACGGUUCUGGCUCUGUUCGUGGCCAUAGCAGGCUUGGUCACCCUCACCAGUGCCAUGCCUGAGGCUUUGGCUAACCCUAACCCCGUGGCUGACCCCGAUCCCUUCAAAUAUAAAGGCGGCGGUGGAUUCUACGGAGGAGGAUUCCGAGGGGGAUAUGGAGGUUUCAGGGGGGGAUAUGGAGGUUUCAGGGGGGGUUACGGAGGUUUCAGUAAAGGUACGGAGGCUACGGAGGCUACGGUUUCGGCAAGAAGUAUUUCGGCUAAAGGCUCUGUUAUCUCGGUUGCCUCAUAAUCAGGCUUUCCCUUCAGACGAACCUAAAAAAAAUAAGUUCAUGUCGACUGUAUCUUUCAUCCGGAAAAUAAAUCAUACAAACUGA